AGGGUCACAUGACAUUACAUGCGACUCUCUUGGAUUCCUUAAUCUCCCUCUCUAGGGUUUUAAAAAUAGGGAUUUCCAGUUUCAAUUUUCAAAACCUCAACGGCUCUGUCCGCUUCCUCUUCUUCGUCUUCUUCAACAAUGGCAGAGGCGGAGGAGCAACAACAGCAACUCUUACUAUCUUCCACGAUCUCCGACAUCAAAAAUUACACCGGAGAUGAUCCGCUCCGGCCAUGGCUCAGAGGAAUUCGGAGAAUGAAACAAUCAUUACCACCUCAAAUCUACAACCAAAAAUUACCUAGAUUCUUACAGAAAUGUGUUCAGACUUUCCAGAAUGAUCGUCUUUAUCGAAAUGAUACUCGUUAUAUCCAGAUUUGGAUUCAACUGAUGGAUCUGGUGGAUGAUCCAAAAGGGUUAUUGAAGAAAAUGGAGAUGAAUAAAAUUGGGGCAAAAAAAGCUCUAUUUUAUCAAGCUUAUGCUUUGUAUUUUGAAAAGAGGAAGAAAUACGAUGAGGCUGAGAAUAUGUAUCAUUUGGGAGUCACUAAUCUUGCACAACCUAUUGAAAAAUUGAAGAAAACGUAUAUUGAGUUCCUUGAACGCAUGGCACAAAGGAAGAAAAAGAAGGCUCAGCGGGAUGAAUUAACAGCAGGCAAGGUUUGUAAGAGCAUAUUGCAUCCUCCCAAGAAGAUUGGAGAAUCUGGAGAAGGCUUUGGCGACGGUGAUUCUUCUAGUGCCAAGGAAGUCUUGGGAGCUACAAAGUCUAAAAUUUUCUUUAAGCCGUUAGCAAGCGGUGAUAGGAAAUCAAGUAAAGAGAGCUCAUUUUGCAGUGAUGAAACGGUUGUGGGGAAGUUUGUAGGGACGGCCUUUGUCGGAAAAUCUGAAGCAGAAGCUGCAUGUCAUCAUGGUUUAGUGGAUCCCACCAUCAACUUGAAGGAUGCCAUGGAUGCAAUAAAUAGCAUGUUUCGGGAACCUUUAGAUAUAGAACCAGUUCGCAGGAAGAAACUGAAUAAAAAUCCGACCAAAGUGGAAGAGAGAAUGACUAGUGGAUUUGAGGUAUUUGUUGAUGAAGGCAUGGAUGAUGGAGAGAAAUAUUCUGGUCAGGGCAAAGAAAACGGUGAUGCACCACCUGUUGCAGUUGCUUCCAAUCCUGUAAAAGAAGCAACGUUGAAGAAGAUUGAAACACGAAAACCUCUACAGGAGACCUUUGAAAUAUUUGUUGAUGAUGAGGAAGGUAGUGGAAGUAGUGAAGGAAAUGGUGAUGGUUUCGUAUUCUUAACUCCCACGCUUGCCACGGAUGACUCUGAUGAUGAAGUUGCAGAGAGUGCACCGGCGCCACGCUUGCUACGGAGAGAGGACACAGUUGUUGGUCGGUUUGUUGGUUCUACUAUUUUAGACGAUCAUGUGGAGGUGGAGAAUGCUUGCCACCAUGGAUUAGUAGAACCCACAGUCAAUAUGAAGGAAGCUAUGGACGACAUAAAUGACAUGUUUGGGAAACCAUUAGAUUUCGGGAGGGCAACUAGACCAAAGAAGUUUGGGAACUUACCAAAUAAGAAAAAGGAUUAUGGUGGGUUUUCCAUACUGCCAGAUGACAGCAUGGAACAGCAACAACAAGCUCAGCCGAUGAAGCAAGCAGAGUUACCAAGUAACAAAAUGGAUUUUGGUGGGUUUUCCAUACUUGCUGAUGACGAUAUGGAACAGCAACCACAACGACAAGUGAAGAACCAAGCGAAGUUACCAAAUAACAAAAUGGAGUCUGGUGGGUUUUCCAUACUUCCUGAUGAUGAUGUGGAACAGCAACCAGAACCACAACUGAAGAAACAAGCGAAGUUACCAACUAAUAAAAUGGAGACUGGCAGUGAGUAUGAUUUACAUGAGCCAACUGUAUUUACAAAGCAGGCCAUGGAUGAUAUAAAUGAGAUGUUUGGCAAACCAUUGUGGUAGCGGAAGUCUACCUUUGUGUGAAGAAACCAAGUAUUUGUUUGAUCCAGAACUUUAACAGUGGUCACAGAUCAUUUCGAUCUUUUCAUUCUGAAGAAGUUUAACAUUGAUCUGUAUUCCUGACAUUCUAAGAAUUAGACUAGGCAAGUGUCAGCUGGAUGAUAGUCAAACUCUGUUGUGCAUUUUGUUGUAUUGCAGUGGCGUUGUGUGAUGAGAGAAAUUUGAGAAUUUCAGAGUUGUUGUGCUUCUUUUCCGAUUUUUGAAGUAUUGGAGGUUGAUGUCUGUAAUCUGUACAUAAGUCAGGUAUGGGAAUUUCAGUUUUUUAUGACGAGAUCCUAUUAUGUACUA